AUGGAUAUGAAAGUGAAUAGGUUCAAAAGAACUGAACGAGUCAUUGGGACAACAUGCAUCUAUUGGCUCCAAGGAAGAUGCAACAGAAACCCGUGUAGGUAUCUGCACAGUGAAACACCGUCGAUUCUCUCAACUGCUUCUUAUAGAGAUGAUAUUGCAUCAAAUCAUAAUGCAAGGAAGCGUUGGCAUGUAUCCUCUGAGUCUACGAAGACGGUCUUACCUAGAAAGACUGAAAAUGACAUCUCGCCUCCCAAACAUACUGCUAAGAAGGUCUUAAAUAGAGAUAUGGGAGAUGACAGAGAAAGGACACAAGUUCUUCCUCCGAAGCCUUCAAAGAGUAUAUGCAAAUAUUGGAUGAAUGACAACUGUGUUCAUGGUGAUCAGUGCCGGAAUUUACAUUCAUGGUCUUAUGGCAAUGGGUUUGCCACAUUAGCAAAGCUUCAAGGACACAAGAAGCUUGUCACCGGAAUUGCACUUCCAAAUGGAUCAGACAAACUUUAUUCUGGCAGCACCGAUGGAACACUUCGGUCAUGGGACUGCCAUACCGGUCAAUGUGCCAAUGUGAUGAAUCUUGGUGCCGAAGCUACCUCUUUGAUUACUGAAGGGCCAUGGAUUUUUGUUGGUCUUCCUAACAUUGUCAAGGCGUGGAAUAUUCAGACUGCUUCGCAGUUUACUCUUGAUGGACCUAAGGGACGAGUACUUGCCAUGACUGUUGGCAAUGAUACACUCUUAGCUGGAGCAGAGGAUGGUGUAAUUUCUGCAUGGAGAGGCAGCUCUAAACCCAAUUCUCCUUUUGAACUGGUUGCAUCCCUAUGCGGUCACACUAAAUCUGUGGUUUGCCUGACUGUUGGGGCUAACAAGAUGCUGUACUCAGGAUCCAAGGAUCAAAGCAUUAAGGUUUGGGACCUAGACACAUUUGAGUGCAAAAUGACACUCAAUGCACAUGCAGACGAAGUCACGUCCCUUCUUUGUUGGGACAAUUUCUUGUUAUCCGGUUCAUCAGACUGCACUAUCAAGGUCUGGUAUAAAACCAUGGAGGACACUUUGGAGGUUGCAUAUUCACACAAUGUAGAAAACGGUGUUGUUGCACUCUCUGGGAUGACUGAUCCAAAAAAUAAGCCUAUAUUGUUCUGCUCUACUAGAGACAAUUCAGUUUGCCUCUAUGAACUGCCAUCGUUUGCCGAGAGGGGUAGCUUGUUUGCCAAGCAAGAAGUUGGAUUAAUCGAUAUAGCUCCUGGUGGACUCUUCUUCACCGGAGACAGAACUGGGUUGCUGACUGUCUGGAAGUGGUUGGAAGAGCCCAACAUUGCAGCAACCUCUUGA